AUGGCCCGGGGCCCGGGCCUCGCGCUGCCGUCGCCGUGGAUCCUGAUGCUGGCGGCGGUGAUCGGCCACGCGGCCGCGCAGAACCAGUGCGUGUGUCCCACCAACAAGAUGACCGUGUGCGACGAGCGCGACCCGAGCGGCCGCUGCCAGUGCCGCGUGCUCGGCUCGAACCAGGCGGUCAACUGCUCCACGCUCACGUCCAAGUGCCUGCUGCUCAAGGCGCGCAUGCGCGCCUCCCACAGCGGCCGCGCGCUUGUGCGGCCGAGCGAGCACGCGCUCGUGGACAACGACGGCCUGUACGACCCGGACUGCGACCAGCAGGGGCGCUUCAAGGCGCGCCAGUGCAACCAGACGUCGGUGUGCUGGUGCGUGAACUCGGUGGGCGUGCGCCGCACCGACAAGGGCGACCUGAGCCUGCAGUGCGACGAGGUGGUGCGCACCUACCACAUUCUUAUUGACCUGCGCCACCGCCCCGACGCCCCCGCCUUCAACCACUCGGACCUGGACGCCGAGCUGCGGCAGCUCUUCCAGCAGCGCUAUCUGCUGCAGCCCAAGUUCGUGAGGGCUGUGCACUACGAGCACCCCACCAUCCAGAUCGAGCUGCGCCAGAACUCGUCGCAGAAGGUCGCCGGCGAGGUGGACAUCGGCGACGCCGCGUACUACUUCGAGAGGGACGUCAAGGGCGAGUCGCUGUUCCUAGGCCCCCGCGACCUCAACUUGCGCGUGGGCGGACAGCCCCUGGUCCUGGAGCAGAUGCUCGUGUACUACCUGGACGAGAAGCCCCCCCAGUUCUCCAUGAAGCGCCUCACCAGCGGCCUCAUCGCCGUCAUCGUGGUGGUCGUGGUGGCGGUGGUCGCCGGCGUGGCCGUCCUGGUGAUCACCAAUCGGAGGAAGUCAGGAAAGUACAAGAAGGUGGAGAUCAAGGAACUGGGGGAGAUAAGACAGUAA